AUUUACCUCCCAUUUCAUCGACAUGACAAAAUCCUCUUCGAAACAUAAUUCAUUCAUGCGUGGCGAGUAUGAAUGUCGACCGCCAGCUAUCGUCAGCAAGCUCCCCAUCGAUGAUUUCUCGAGCCCCUCCUCUCCUCCUCACAACGAUGUGCACGUCAUCAAUCACCUUCGACGGACACCUACAAAUAAUUGCCCUUCGAAACGCCGAAGAAUCGACGCCUCGGGCUCCCUCAGCCUACGCCAACGCACCGUCACCGAAGCCACGUCAUCCCUCCACAAUACGAGUUCGGUUACGAGGUCAACCACAGGCGGCAGCAAGUCUAGAGGAUCUAGGAGUCCUGUUAAAAGUGUAUCAGACUUGCGGCUUACAGAAAAGCCCGUCAACAUCUCUAGAUUGCGAAAAACGGAUACAGUGCCUCCUGAUGUGGCACAGUUCUUUGGUUAUGUGCAAGGGGUUCGCGCCGGACGUGAUAUCAUCCCGCUGCCGGUGAAGAAGGACAUCCAAUCGGUUUCAACAGUGUUGGACGAUCCACUCUCGGAAGCAAGCUUCUACGACGCGCAACAAUGGUCGAUCAGUCAAGGACUUUGA